GGCUCUUUAAAAGUCCUCGAACAGUUUAUUUAUCAUGUCGAAGCGAGCAGCCAAGGAAUUGUACUUUGAGAAACUCAAGACCUACUUGGACACCUACCAGUCCAUCUUCAUUGUCAACGUUGACAAUGUCAGCUCCAACCAGAUGCACCAGAUCCGUUUCUCCCUCCGUGGAGAGGGUGUCGUCCUUAUGGGUAAGAACACCAUGGUUCGUCGUGCCUUGAAGACCUUCCUCAGUGAGCGUCCCGAGUUCGAGCGUAUCCUCCCCCACGUCAAGGGUAACAUUGGUUUCGUAUUCACCAACGCUGACCUCAAGGCCAUCCGUGAGAAGAUCACCUCCAACCGUGUUGCUGCCCCCGCUCGUGCUGGUGCCGUCGCCCCCGUUGAUGUCAUCGUUCCCGGUGGUAACACCGGUAUGGAGCCCGGAAAGACCUCUUUCUUCCAGGCUCUUGGUAUCCCCACCAAGAUUUCCCGUGGUACCAUUGAAAUCGUUUCCGAUGUCAACCUUGUUGCCGCUGGUACCAAGGUCGGUCCCUCCGAGGCUGCCCUCUUGAACAUGUUGAACAUCUCUCCCUUCACCUACGGUAUGUCCGUUUCCCAGGUCUACGACCAGGGUUCCGCCUUCUCUUCCGAGGUUUUGGAUGUUGAGGAGUCCCAGUUGAUCGGUAACCUUUUGGCUGCCAUCCGUGAGGUUGCUUCCAUCUCCCUCGCUGUCGGUUACCCCACUUUGGCUUCCGUUCCCCACUCCCUCAUCAACGGUUACAAGAACUUGUUGGCCGUCUCCGUCGCCACCGACUACACCUUCGAGGGCUCUGAGCAAAUCAAGGAGUACCUUGCCAACCCCGAGGCCUUCGCUGUUGCCGCUGCCCCCGUUGCUGCCGCUGCUUCUUCUGAUGCCCCCGCCGCCGCUGCUGAGGCUUCCGAUGAGGACUCUGAGGAUGACGAUAUGGGUUUCGGUCUCUUCGAUUAAACAAUUCGCAAUGAAGUGUCUUGAAAAAAAGAGUUUAAUAGAAAUAACUUCCCCUUGUGCGUUGUUUCUUUAGAUUCUUUUUUGUUUCAAAAUAAAAGUACAAUUCUUUUUAUAAAAAAUGUGUAUGUGUGUUAUUGUGGUU